AUGAGUUCGUGGUCGCCAGAAUCGUCUUUGCAGACGAUAGUGUAUAGUGAGUCAUCCACUGUUAAUAUACUGCCAUCGUUAUCGACACCGUCAACGACACCAUCUUCGAAGCAUUCAAAUAAAUUUUCAAAAUUUUGGUCUGAUUUUCGUGCCUUAUUUUACAAAACAUUUUUAUUAUCAAAACGUAAACGUGGUCAAACAAUAACCGAAAUAUUACUUGCCUAUACGUUUCUGGGUCUUUUACUCGGAAUGAGAUAUAUACUCGAUAGACGAUAUAAUCAUGCGUUUCAAUUACCAGCAUUUCGUCCACAAGAUUUAAUGUUAUUUAAUAACAGUGUAAACGCAAAUUAUACAUAUUAUUAUCCAAGUAAUCCAUGUACAGAUCAAAUUGUUAAUCGUACAAUCACAAAAUUGCAAACAAAUUGGCCAAUAUUCACUACAAUAGUUCAAUCGCUUUCAUCUUCCGACAUUUCUAGUCUAUCAAGUUCAAUUCAACAAGAAAUAUAUGCCUUUAUUUAUUUUACAAAUAUGGAUUCAUGUACAACUGCAGCAACAAUGCCCGAUCAAGUUAAUUAUACGCUAAGACUGCAAGAAAAUGGAGCAUUUUAUUAUCGUCCUCAACAAGCAUUGAUAGACUCAAAUGAGUAUUUUUGGAAACGUUCGCCAGAAGAUUAUUGUCAAUCUAACAGUACCACGGCCAAUUAUACUAGUGCCUUUUUGGGCGUACAGUAUUUUAUUAAUUUGGCUAUUAUUGAAUAUUCGACAGGAACUGUGAUGAAUGACUAUUCAAAUAUCUAUUUAACUCAUUUUGGAUGUCCUGAAUAUUAUUAUGAUCAACUACAAUCAAUUUAUAGUUUUUUUAUCCCAAUAUUUUUUUCUAUUAUAUUUUUAAUCACAUUUAUCAUGAAUGUUGGCUAUAUAGUUGAAGAGCGUGAAAAUAAGACAAAAGAAUAUUUGCGCAUCUUUGGAUUACGUACAUGGAUAAAUAAUCUCGUAUGGGUUUGUCGUGCAAUGUGUAUUUAUAUUGCAUUAGUAGCAGUAGUUACAGGUUUAAGCCUUGUUGUACUACCAAGUUCAGGUCAAAGAAGAAAUAGUGUUAGCAAAGCAAUAUUCAAUUAUACACAUUGGUCUGUUAUUUUAACCAUAUUCUUAGUAUAUUCCAUUCAUACAUCCACGUUUAGUGUAUUUUUUGGACAAUUGUUUCGAAGAACUCUAUUAGCAAAGUUAGUUGGUUUUUUGCUAUGGGUUAUAACAUUUAUCGAUUUUUAUGCUGGCGCUCCUGUUGGCGUACGUUAUUUUAUGUCCUUAUUUCCGAAUACUGGUCUAUUAUUUUGUAUAGAAGUUGUUUUACAAUAUGAACGAAAGAGUUUUAUUUAUACAACUUAUAAUAAUUUUUACUCGAAUUUAUUUGAAUAUCCACUUUAUAUUGGUGUCAUAUUAUUGUUACAGUUACUAUGGUCCUUUAUAUUCAUGCUUUUGGCUAUUUAUGUUGAAAGAGUUAGUCCUGGAGAAUUUGGUAUUGCACAACCAUGGAAUUACUUGUUUAAAAAAAGCUACUGGAAACCAUAUUCGUCGUCGGCAAUAAAACCAUUUGAUUCUCAUGGAAUAUUACGCAGUGAUCAGAAGUCAAGACCAAAUGGAUCAGGUUACAAUCACUGGAUUGAAAUGAAAUCGAUAUCAUCAUCGGAAAUGCCGUGUGUGACUGUAAUGCAAUUAACUAAAAACUUCGGAAAAUUUCGUGCUGUGUCUGAAUUGUCGAUUGAUUUUUAUAAAAAUGAAGUUUGUUGUCUUCUUGGUCAUAAUGGGGCUGGUAAAACGACAGUGACAUUUAUCCUUGUGGGCAUGUUGGAGCCUACUAAUGGUUCUGUUAGUGUUGAUGGACUAGAUAAUCAACAACAUAUCCAAGCAGUUCGAAGACAAUUAGGUUUUUGUCCUCAAUAUGAUAUUCUGUAUAAUGAAUUAUCAGUUAAAGAACAUUUAGAAUUAAUUGCAAAGUUGCGUCAUAUGGAUAAACGAACAAUGGACGAUUCAAUUGAAAAUAUUAUUCUUCUCAUUGGUCUAACAAACGAUCGCCUAACACUAGCGAAAGAUUUAUCAGGAGGAAUGAAGAGACGUCUUUCGAUUGGUAUUUCAUUAGUUGGAGACCCGAAGGUACUGAUUCUUGACGAACCCACCAGUGGAAUCGAUCCUUUCAAUCGUCGUUUAAUUUGGACAAUCAUAAAAAAAAUGAAAGAAACCGGAAAAUGUGUAAUAUUAACCACACAUUUUCUCGAAGAAGCCGAUGUACUUUCAGAUAGAAUAGCAGUUAUGACUCGUGGCAGAUUACAAGCGUAUGGUACACCAGAUUUUUUAAAAAAUCAAACUGAAUUUGAAUAUCGCUUAUUUAUUGAAAUAAAUGAAACAUCCAAGUCUGAUGCUGUUACUAUAUUUGUACAACAUCACAUUGAAAAUGCCGUAUUAGAAAGAGACUCAGGAUCCGAAUUAGUGUAUGGAAUACCGAGAGGUAAUUCAAAAGAAAUUAGUCGUUUAAUUGAUGCAUUAAAUAAAAAUAUCAGUGAAAUUAAUAUUAAUGGCUAUGGAAUAUCGAUGACAACAAUCGAAGAAGUAUUUCUUAAACUUAUCCGAGAAGAAGCAGCAGACGACGAUCAACGUCGUGAAAUAUCUCGAAGAGAAUUAACUGAGAAAGUAUUUCAAUCCAAAUAUGAAAAAAAUAAUCGCAUACGUUUAUUUUUAAAUCGUCUCUAUGCUUUAUUAGUUAAACGUUGGAUUAUUUCUCGUCGUCAAGCAGCAUUUCUCAUUGGUUUUUUAUUGUGUCCGAUAUUAAUCGAAAUUAUCACUGUCGCCGCAUUUCCUAAUCCGAAACAAAUUCAAUCGAGUCUUUUACAAAAUGAUCGUUAUUCUAGCGCCGAAAUCACAUUAAUCCCAUCUAUAUAUGAUCCUCAAACAAUUGUCGUCUAUGGAAAUGAUAAUGGUUACAAUCAAUUUAGUCAAUUAAAAACGUAUUUGAUUAAUCAAGGUGCAACAAUUAAUGAAUUAUCAACAGAUAAUAUCACAAAUUAUGUCACAGCAAAAUACCUUGAAACAGAAACAAUUUUUGUUAAUACAUAUAAACUUUCCUUUGCUCUCUAUGAUAAUUCAACAUCGUCACCUCGUUCAUUAAAAUUAAAUGCUUAUUUUAGUUCAGUUAAUUAUCAUACAAUGUCGGUUGGUCUAGGUGUAUCAUCUACACAGUUGUUUCAAUAUUAUUCAAAUUCUUCAUCAAAAUCGAUUAUAACAACAAAUCAUCCAAUAAUAACUACGGGCACACUAACUGGUGCAGCUUUACUUUUUGAAGUUAUUUAUUGUUUUGACACACUACCAUUGUCCUUAUUUAACUUCAUGAAUUCGAUCAUAGCUUCACUAUUUAUAUCAGUAUUGAUGUUGGUAUUUGUUAAAGAGAGAAUAACACAUUCAAAAGAUUUACAAUUAUUAUCAAAUUUGAGUAAAGUAAUUUAUUGGUUAGCUAAUGCUCUCUACGAUUUUGCAUUCAGUAUUAUAGUUGCUGGAAUAUUAACAACUAUGGUUAAGAUUGCUGCUAUAUCCGUUUCAAGUACAGAUGCAGAAGUAUAUACAUUUGGUGCAAUGCCUCAGACAGCAUUAUUUUUUGUUAUGUUUAUAUUGUAUUCAUUGGCAUCAAUUCCAUUCGUUUAUGCUACAUCAUUUAUCCCAAAAAGCGAAUUAAUUGGAUUUAUUAAUUUUUUUAUUAUCAAUAUCGUUGCAUGUUUUCUUGAUAUGGUAUUAAGUUUUAUUCAAGUAUUUACCGAAGGACAAAGUACAUCAACGACAAAACCAUCUAAAACAAGUGUAGUAAUGACUGCUAUUCGUUGGAUAUUAUGUGUUCUAUUUCCAACUGUUAAUUUUAAACAUGGAUUAUUUAAUAUGCGUUUACAUGAUAAUCAAGAAUGCCUAUCUGCUCUAAAUACAAUAUUAGGAAGCUCGUAUCCUAGUAAUGAACCAUGGUUAUCAGUAAGAGAACCUGGUGUUGGUAUACAAGUUUUGCUUUUUUUUAUACAAAUGUUAUUUUGGUGGUUUAUCGUUAUUCUUAUUGAAAAUUGGAAAGCUAUUAGACGGUAUUGUAGACGACGAAAAGAAUUACCUGCUUUUACUGAACACUGGGAUGAUUCGAAUCUUGAUGAAGAUGUUAAACUUGAACGACGCGCGGUUUUAAAUAAUACAUUGAAUAAUGAUGGUAUCGAUAAUGAUAUGUCAAAUACCAAUCAAAAUAGUACAACAUUUCAUCCAUCACAAGCCGUUAUUUAUGUACAAGAUUUACUGAUAACAUUUGAAAAACGAAAAGAAAAAUCGUUUCGUAGCCAACUGUAUACAGCCGUUGAUCAUUUGAAUUUUCAUGUAGAUAAACGAUCUUGCUUCGGAUUAUUAGGAUCUAACGGUGCUGGAAAAACAACAACGUUUCGUAUGUUAACUGGAGAAUUAAAACCGACUUCUGGUCAUAUUAUUAUCAAUGGGAAAGAUAUUCAUAAAGCGAAAACUGAUGUUGAAAUUGGUUUUUGUCCUCAAUUUGAUUGGCUUGUUCAUGGUUUGAAUGUAAAUGAAACUUUAACACUAUUUGCACGUUUAAAAGGUUUAAGUGAAAAACAUUUACCCGAUAUACUUUCAAAUACAAUUGAACUAUUUGGAUUAAAUACUUAUGAAAAACGUCAAGUACAAAAGCUUAGUGGUGGCAAUCGUAGAAAAGUUUCAGCAGCUUUAGCAUUCAUGGCUAAUCCAUCAUUGGUAUUUCUCGAUGAACCAACUACAGGCUUAGAUGCAGCUGCAAAACGAAAAUUGUGGGAUGUUGUUCGUGCAGCUCGUGAUGCAGGCUUAACAAUUAUUUUAACGAGUCAUAGUAUGGAAGAAUGUGAGGCCCUAUGUACAAGGAUUGGAAUAAUGAAACUAGGUCAGUUUAGGUGUUUGGGCGGAUUACAACAUUUAAAAAACAAAUUCGGUAAAGGUUAUGGAGUAAUAAUAAAAGCAAAUACGAAUGAUAUUGAAGCGUUUAAAGCGAAUUUGAGAGAAAAUUUGCCGGGAAUUCAAUUUGACGAUGAGCAUAAUGGAAUGUUAUUCUGCAAUGUACCAUUUGAUACAAAACGAUCGGCUAAUAUUAAUACGACUGCUAAUUCCUCAUUUAAUUUGGCCAGGGUAUUCCAGUUAUUAAAUCAAAAAAAAGACUUGAAAGAAAUUGAAAGUUAUUCGGUGACGCAAACAACAUUGGAACAAAUAUUUGUUAGAUUAGCUGGCCAAGAUAAUGCGAGAGAAGCAGAAAUAGAGAGAAGAAAAAGUUUAAUUAGUACAACAAAUCCAUACAAAGUUAAAGCGCGAUGA